UCUAGUGGUACCGUUAUGCUGCCAGUCUGAAGAGGAAUCAACCAAGUUGGUUUGUCAUCGCAGCAAACGCAAUAACGAUACAAUUAUUUCACCUUUUCUGCCGAAAUUUGCGUCCAAUCCAGUGACAGUGUCAGUGAAAAUGUGAUUGGAUAUUGCAUCCACCCUUUGUGAAGUGUUUAGAGUGCAACUGGUUGAUUUCGGUGACCCAAAUACUUAACCAGGUACUUACUGUAGUUCCCAGCUCACGACUGACCGUUUCUUUAAUGAUGAAAAACUCUAGCGAGUUUCCACGAAAAAGCUAAGCGGAACAAGCGGAUUUCUCGUCGUUUUUUGUUUUGUAUUGUAUUUAAAAAAUUGCCGGCUAAUGUGCGAGUGUGAUUGACCUGUGACAACAUGGCUAUAUUAAUAGUACAUAUCGCACUCCUCUGGCUUCUGGUUAACCAUGUUGAAGGUUUGGACCACAUAUCGAAUUCUUUUAUUUCUCCAAACUCAGCAAGUGAUGAUAUUAUUCAAGAACUAGACUUUGGUAGUAGAACGUCUAGUCCGGAUGACAUACAAGUUACGAAAGUGCAAAAAACCCCAUUGUUUGGUAGUCAAAUAAACACUACUCCAACCUUGAAAACUCGAUUGGAACGUUCUGCCGAUCCAAUUCUGUCGAGGACUUCUGGAUUGGAUGGACUUUUGGCGUUCAAAAAUGUCGAGGAAUCAUUCGAUAGUAACGAUGUGGAGUUGAGUGGGAGGAUGGCCAAUAUAAUACAACCAUCGAAAACGAAUAAAUUAGUGCCAUCGAACGGCGUGAAACAAACACAGAGCCCCGUUUCGGGGGAAGGCAAGGGGGCUCCGCAGCCAAGGUCACUGCCACUGCAGGAGCCCCAAGAAACCACCCCCACCCCAACUGCGACGAUAGCGACGGCGCAGACUUCUGUUACCCAAUCAAGCCAACAGAACAAAGGUCGACAGGCCAACCCUGACAUACAAGACAUAAUCACCGGCAUCGUGAAGCUGCUCAAUGGAAACGUAAACGUCCAGGCCAACACUGCUCCGGGCAUGGGCAGGCCGUUAAGGCCGCUCUCCACGAGGAUUAACAACAGGGGUCCGCCAAGGAUAACCGACGUACCUGCUUUGCCUCCCGAUUUCGACGUUCCCGCCCCUCUACCGCCGCCCCCACUUGGGCAGAAACCCCCACCACCGUCGUCCACAAGAAUGCCCACACCUUACCCCUUCGAUGUCCCCCCAAAUAACAUAUCCCCUGUCCAAACUUUCGGAAACCCCAUACCCAUUUCGGGAGAACAAAUCGGUACUAGACCAGCAUUCUAUAGACCGGUGACUAUGCGGCCAUGGAAUAAUCGCAGACCAACCCGCAGACCUACAAUACCAUCUUACAAACCCUUACCUGCCAUUCCUUCGGACUACAUAAGUCUAACAUCGGAGAAACCUAUGGAAGACAUAUUUAAUCUCGACAUGGGAUCACAAUUGCAAUCCAACAGCCAGGAGUCCAUGGAAAAUACUGGAAAACCUACAACGUCACCUGAAGAAGGCACAACUAACAUCGAACUAGAAGAAACCAUGGAGAUGGAUAACGAAACUGCGGAGUUUGAGAAGAAUAAAGAAAAAAGCUCCUCAAAAAUGGAUAAACACGCUUCAAAAACUACAACUGCAACCCCAACUCUAAUCACCUCGGCAGAUUCUGUUGAAUCAACUAACAAUACCUCUAUGGAAACAUUGAAUAUAAUACCAUCAACUACAGAAGAAAAUAUCAAACCAACUUCGUUAGCCAGUACACCUGAAUUAAAAAAGCCCACGAAUUCAACCAGCGAAUCUCCAUUGAUGUUGGAAUCUUCAAUUCAAGAUGUGCUUCAAACUCUAAAACAUGACUUAAUGGAUACGAAAAGUUCAUCUGCAACUCCAACAGAAGCAUUACCGACAAUUUUAAGUUCCAGCGAUAAAAUUCAAAACACCGAAUCCACAAUGAUCAAGCCUUCUUCGCAAAUAAAUAAUCACACCUCCACAAGCGCCAAACAAGAUUUCCCAUACUACCCAUAUCGCCCCAGACCAGGUAUAGUUCUUGACGAUACGGAAUUUAAACCUGGCGGUAUAAAUAGGCAACCUAUUAUAACUCGGCCUCCCAUUGGUCAGAUUGGGGAGAUAUUUGACAUUACAGUCUCUGCUAUACAAGGACCAGGUGGAGGCAAUUCUGGGCAGGGGAAACCGUAUGUUAUACCAGUCGAUAUUGAGAAUGUUCACGUGGGGUCAAAUGCUGAUCUAAUCACAAGCCCUGUAGGUGAUGAAGGAUUUGUUUCAAUUGAUGGAAAGCGAACAUAUCUUAACCUGUUUGGAGACAAUCCUGCACCGUCAACCACGUCAAGCCCAAUGGUAAACCCAACCAUUGCACCAAACAAUCACGUAUCAGGAACUGGAUAUGCUGUGGUGGAACAUGAUAAACCAAAACCCAUCUUGGGAUCCGUCAAGCCCACUCAAAGGAGGCCUAUGUAUGGUAGGCCUAGACCAAGCCAACCACCUGUAAGGAUCGAUACUUGUAUUGUUGGUGAUGACUCGACCUGCGAUAUAUCACAGCACGAAGUGUGUAGGACAGAGUUGGGAGUGAGUGCGUGCCACUGUAGACCAGGAACUGCAAGAAGAAAGCAUAGAGAUCCGUGCAGAAAAAUAGUUUCCGUACUAUUAUCCUUAAGAGUGGACCGACUCUACGAAAGGAGAGUUGUAUGGGCCAGCGAAUUGUCCGAUAAAGACAGUGAUAGCUACCAGCAAUUGUCCUUUGAAGCUGAAAGAGCUCUUGAGUCUGCCAUGUCGAUGACUCCAUUCAGCGACGAGUUUUUGGGUUCGAGAGUAAACAGCAUAUACAGAGGGGAAAGGGCCGCUGGUCAGGCUGGUGUUUUCGUUAAUUUGACUUUGCAACUUGAAGAGAAUGCUGAUACUUCCAGACCUAAUGUUAAAGCUGACAUACAGAAGCAUUUGCUUGGGGUUAUUACAAGAAGAAGUAAUAACGUUGGUAACAGUGCAUUGUGGGUGGACAGCCCUCCAGGAUCGAUCUCUAAUUUACAAGAUUUGGACGAGUGCUCGUCGUCUGAGCUGCACGAUUGUCACGCUUUGGCGAAGUGCAUCAAUAUAUUCGGUGGAUUCAAGUGUGAAUGCAGCGAGGGUUACAGAGAUCCUUGGUCCGAUAAUAAACACAGAGCUGGAAGGCAUUGCGAACAGUGCUCGUCGCAACACUGCAACAACAGAGGCGAAUGCAAAUAUCAGAGCGGACAGGAAGUGUGCAUAUGUUCUGGAAAUUAUUACGGUACCCAAUGCGAGUUGGACGGAGAAGUUCUUGGAGUCGCUAUUGGAGCCAGCGUUGCCGCUGUUAUCAUUAUCGGAUUGACACUUGUUUGCCUUGUAAUGUGGAGUCGCCGCUGGAGUAGAGAACAAAAAGCAGCCGUUGGCAGUCCUGUAUUUGGUUACAUGGCAACAGCAACCAAUACUGUGAAAACUCCAGUAGUUGGUCAACCCCCUUACCAAUUAACUUUGGAGGACAGACUGAGAUGGGCGCAAAUCGCCGAUGUGAUGGCACAAGCAAACCACUAUGCACCCGAACCAGUAACUGGCCCAACCAGACCAUCUUCGGCAAUGUUUGGUUACCCCAAUCUCUCUAUGACCGGCACUCUUCAACAUGGUUCGAUGCACGGCACUCUUCCUCCAAUACCUCUACCAAGACUUAACCUCCAAUCGCAGAUGGCCAGUAGGGCUGCCAGCAUGCAUGGAAUGAGGCCACUGGAUAAUUCCAGCUCAAGCGAAGAAGAAGACAAAGCAGAUCUUUUGGGAAGAAAUUUCCAAGUACCCAGGCCUAAGAGUAGAAGCAAUGCGUCAAUUGCUAAUCAAAGUGGAAUAUAUUACGAUGUAGACUACGACCAAAACGAUAUUUACAAAUCAGGAGGGGGAAUUCCAAUGAGCACAUACAGCAUGGGAAGACCACCGUAUUUUAGAAAUUAACAAAUUAGCAUGUAUUUUUUCAAUAAUGACUGUACAUAGAACAAUAUUUUAUGUAUUGGGUUUUGUUUAAAAAAAAUUAAAAAAAAAAACAUUACGUCAUAAUAAUUUAUUUAUUUAUUUUGAAAUUGAAUUUAAACCACAAAAUAUACUUGUAAUCCUUAAAAACGACUUAAAAUAAUAGAUAAUCAUCGAAAAUAAAGACUUAAUUAA